UUCCAAAUUCCAACCGUCAACUCCAACUUCACUGGUCAUAUCAUCCGUCCAGCAUUCGAAUUCGAUCACCCAAAUAAACCAUCCGGUCUUCCUUUUUAAUUACAGUUAUCAUGAAUGGGAAUGAAGUUUAGAAAACAAAAAAAAAAAGAAGAAUGAUUGAAAGUUAGUUGAGGUUGCCAAAAUUUUGCAAACCUACCAGACAAACAACCUCCACCUUCCAAUUUAAUUGUGGCGCCCCGCCCCGCCCAGCCCCCAAUACGUAUUGCUACUCCCUACAGCAUUCUUGCUCCGGGACUAUUUCCAAGUGCAGCGCGCACGCAUUGUAAAACCCAUUCUUUCUUUCUUAAUUCCGGGUAUAGUAGUGCCUCAAUACUGUUCCUGCUAUCUACGAUGUGGCGGUCACUUUGGCCUACAAUCGACCGCUUCUCUCUUCACCACUUCAGAUAUAUUGUAAACCAACUGCGGGAAAUCAGAGUCGUUGACAAGCGCAACCGGGAAGUAGUUUUGGAUUUGCUUCAAUCAAUUGUGGAAAUAGUUACCUAUGGUGAUCGGCAUGAUCCAGCGAUUUUCGAAUGUUUCAUGGAAUUUCAAGUUUUAGCAGAGUUUGUUCGUAUACUAAAGAUUGGUGGGAAUUCAGGAAUUGAGGCAGCACUCUUGCAGUAUUUGAGCAUAAUGAUCCAGAACGUGGAAAAUGAACAUGCCAUCUACUAUUGUUUCAGCAAUGGCUAUAUCAACAGCGUAAUAUCACAUCAUUAUGAGUUCGAUGGGGGAGAUCUAAUUCCUUAUUAUGUAUCCUUUCUGAGAACAGUUAGUGGGAAAAUAGGUAGAGACACAAUCUGUCUUCUCGUAAAGGUUCACCAGGACACUGCAAUCUCAUUGCCGUUGUAUGAUGAGGCUCUUAAAUUUGCUAACCAUGGGGAAAAGAUGAUACAGAUAGCAGUUCGUGCACUGACCCUUAACAUUUAUAGUGUUGCUGAUGAGAUGGUCUAUCAAUUUCUAACAACUCCGACUGCUUCUGCAUACUUUUCUAGCUUGAUUCUGAAUUUAAAAAAUAAGUGCUUGCAUGUUGAUGCAAUCAUCAAUGGGGUAAAGGAGAGUUUCCAUGAAAAGAAAAGAGAACUUCUUUCAGAAACUGAUAGAAUUUUGGAUGACUUCUAUUACCUGAAGGACAUACUGUGCAUUCCUGAGCAGCGCUUGAACAAACUUGUUACAGAGAACAUUGUUAACAUGCUUAUUUUGCCGAUGUUGCUUACUCUACUAAACAAUAGGCUAAGCAAUGUGAGAUAUUAUUCAGUUAGGCUUUGUUAUUUUGAUAUUUUGUCUCCUCAAUCUACUGGACUUCAUCAGAGGUGCAUUUUUUGGCUCAUAAUUUUUGGGGAAAACUAUUUUCCAGAGGAUCAAUGUAGUUUCUAAUAAAUAAUGAAGAGGAUGAGCAUAUAAAGUCUCUUGCC